AUGGACACAAUCAUAGACCGAUUGCCGUCUCUCCGCACCCUCCGCAACAUCGCCCUCUCCACCCUAGGCUUCACCCAGCAAAUCCUCGAAUCUUCGGAUAAUAGACCUAUCAUCCCAGCUCCGCACCAUCUGGAACCCUACGCCACCUGCUCCAACCCUCAACUAUCCUGCCACGUCAACCCCAUCCCAGACAACCUCUGCUGCUUCAAUCACCCAGGCGGUGCACUCCUCCAAACUCAAUUCUGGGACACGCAUCCCGUCACCGGACCCCAAGACUCCUGGACGAUCCACGGGUUAUGGCCCGACAACUGCGACGGGACGUACGAAGCUAAUUGCGAUGACGAGCGAGCUUACAGGAACAUCUCCGCCAUCCUAAAGUCGUCCGGUGCCAAUGGUCUGCUAGAUUUCAUGCAAGAAUACUGGGUCUCCGAUUCCGGAUCUAGUGAGCAUUUCUGGGAACACGAGUGGAGUAAACAUGGGACUUGUAUCUCUACCCUCCGACCGGAAUGUUAUGGUGAUUACCAGCCUACGGAGGAGGUGCCGAUAUUCUUUAACCGGACGGCGGGAUUGUUCAAGUCGUUGCCAACCUAUGAGUGGUUGAGCGACGCGGGUAUCGUGCCGAGUAGCAGAACGACAUAUUCCACUGCACAGAUCCAAGCAGCUCUCGCUGCGAAACAUGGUGGGCGGGAUGUCUAUCUCGGUUGUCGCAGUGGGCAAUUGAAUGAGGUUUGGUAUUUCUUCAAUGUAGCAGGAUCACUGCAAACUGGCUCCUUUGAGCCGAGCGAGGUCGUGGGUGUCUCGUCCAAAUGUCCGGCUACCGGGAUCAAAUACCUACCUAAAGGAUCUGGGGUUCAGCCCACGCGGACGGCUACUGAGCCUGUUCCGCUACCGACCUCGACGGGACCGGCUUUUAGUGGUAAGGGAUACCUGAAUGUCUUCACUGGUGGCAAUCAGAAAGGCUGCCUGAUCGGCGCCGGGAAAUGGUAUACAACGGGUAGUUGUGCGAGCUUCACCACCUCUCCUGUCUCUUCCGAGCACAGCGAGGCCAAGCAUGUCAAGCGUGGUGGCGGCGCAUUCACCCUCAAGUCUCGCAAAGGCGAUUGUGGCAUCGUCAAAGGCGCUUUGACUUGCGGUAACAGUGUGAGGCAUCCUAGUACUUUCUCCUCGGAUGGCAAGAUGUUGAUGUUUGAGCGCAACAGGACAUUCUAUGCUGAUGCUGUGCCGAGGGGUUGGAAACAGGGGACUGUUUAUACGGAGGCUGGUGAUCACAGUACGAAUUUGAGUAUCGAGUGGCGCAAUCUGUAG